AUGGAAGCUCUUCCUGAGCUUCGAGUGCUCGUCUUGAAGUCUAACAAGUUUGAUGGUAAUAUGUCGCUGCCUUCACGAAGUAACCUUCCAAUUCCUAAGUUGCAAGUUUUAGAUAUAUCUGACAAUGAAUUUGUGGGGUCUCUCCCUCAAACAUAUUUCAAGAAUUUCAGAGCAAUGAUGGAUGUGAAGGAAAAUCAAACAAAUCUAACACCAAGUGAUGAUGAUGAUCGCUAUUUUCUAUUUUUUUUGGAGAUGAGAAUCACCUUGAAAGGUCUCGAUCAGCUAUUGAGGAGAUUGUUGAAAACCUUUACAACCAUUGACUUAUCCUCCAACAAUUUCUCUGGUAGUAUUCCAGAUUCCAUAGGUAAUCUGAAUUCGCUGAGAUACUUGAAUUUGUCGCACAAUAAUCUCACGGGACACAUACCUGCAUCUCUUGGAAAUAUAAGUGUGCUUGAAUCAUUGGACUUGUCAUCGAACAAAUUGGAUGGAAGAAUUCCAAGUGAAUUGACGAGGUUGACAUUUCUUGCAAAAUUAAACCUUUCAAUGAAUGAUCUCGUGGGGCAAAUACCACAAUCUACUCAGUUUUCCACAUUUGAGAAUGAUUCAUAUGUGGGAAACUUGAGAUUGUGUGGAUUUCCGUUGACGAGAAAAUGCAACGAGGAGAAUGGGCAGCGGAUGCAGCCAGAAGAAGAAGAUGAAGAAGAAGAGUAUGGAUUUAUAGAUGGAUUUGGAUGGAAAAGUGUGGUGAUGGGAUAUGGAAGCGGAAUCAUAGUUGGAAUUGGAAUUGGUUGUUGGAUUAUUCGAUUUGGAAGGCCAAGAUGGUUGGUGGAAUUCUUUUUUGGUGUUGGAUACACAUACAUGAAGAAUAAGAAGAAGAAGAAGAAGACAAGGAAGAGAGCUACUCCAACACAGAGGAGAAGUUGA